AUAGAGAGUGAGACUGAAAGCGACAAAAUAUUUGCAAACAGAAACUCCUUAGCUCUGUUUUGUCCUUUAAAGAAGAUAUCUGUUCUGCUGAACUGAAAGACAUACGUGGCUAUAGAACCAUCCUUAAAUGAACGUAUUGUUAGGAUGAGUGAGCCGCCAUUAAAGAAGAAGAGGACAAUUCUUGAUUUUUUCACUGGAAAAGGUAAUAAGGACGUACCAAGAAAAACAAAGAAAGUAGGGAAAAUGGCAAGCGGAUCAGAUUCAAAUAGCUCAAAUGGGGCAAAAACAAAAGAUACAGAGGGUAUCACAGAUAAGGAGGUACCCAGUACAUCAGCCGCCGCCCCAGAUGAGACAGUCGUUAUUGAUGAAGAUUCUGAUUCUGAACAAAUGCUCAAGGAUAUUCCCACGAAGAAACCAAGUCAGCGUAAAGAUGGUAGUGAGGCUUGGAGGGGAAUUCCGUUGAAGAUACUGGACAAGUUAACAGAUAUGAAUGAGAACCUUGGACCUUUACUAAUUACAGAUGACCAUAGAGUGCUCUUCAAAACUCCAUUUAAAUAUGAUGGUGUAAAGCCCCCCACUCCUUUCCCAGCCUACAAGGAUAAAUGGGAUACAAACUAUGUGAGAAUGCCUUGUUCCAACCUCAGCGAGUACCCAACUACAGGCAAGGAUGGAGGUCCCAAAGUACUACGUCGCUGGGAUAUGAUACAGGAAGCCCUGCUAGCAGAUAUUCCUGGACCUUAUGAACUGGAGGAGAAAAUUCUCUCCUAUAACUCUAGAUACUUUGGAAAGUGGAAUUUUAAUGUUCUUCAUUCAUUUUUCAUUGAGGUUAUAGAUAAUGCAGAAAGAAAUCACUUCUUCAAUCAUACACUGAAGAAAAUGGCAGCGUUAGCAUUACAGUUACCCCAUCUAUGUACAGCUCCUAUACCAUUGUUGAAAUGUAACAAGAAUUUCAGUAUUACACUCAGUCAACAACAGAUAGCUUGUCUCCUUGCCAACGCAUUCUUCUGUACAUUUCCUCGGAGAAAUGCCAAAUCGAGAACAUCGGAGUAUAUCAGAUAUCCUAACAUCAACUUCAACACAUUGUUUAUGGGCCAACCAUCUUAUGUCAAGUUUGAAAAGUUAAAAUGUAUCAUCCAUUACUUCAACAGAAUUUUCAAGAAAAUGCCCUGUGGAACUGUUACUUUCUCAAGACAGUUUAUACCCUAUGAUCAAAUGCCAAACUGGGAAAAUGAUGACACACCAUUGAGGGGUCUACAUGUGGCUUCUGAGGGCACUAUAGAGGAUGAUGGUUAUGGUAUGUUACAGGCUGAUUUUGCGAACAUGUACCUUGGAGGUGGAGUAUUAGGGAAUGGCUGUGUUCAAGAAGAGAUCCGAUUCCUUAUUUGUCCAGAGAUGUUGGUAUCCAGGCUGUUUACUGAAUGUCUCAACAACUACGAAUGUCUUAUCAUGAGAGGAUGUGAACGGUUUAGCAACUAUGAUGGUUAUGCUGCAAAGUUUGAAUGGAAAGAAAAUUAUGAGGACAAAACACCAAGGGAUUCUUGGGGCAGAAUUAAAUGUGAAGUGACGGCAAUAGAUGCAUUAGUAAUACAUGACUUCAAAGCUCAGUUUCAGCAAGGGACAGUAAAGAGGGAGUUAAACAAGGCAUAUUGCGGUUUUGCCCAGCUUGGCAAGAAAACUACAGGGACACUACCUGCAAUAUGUACUGGCAACUGGGGUUGUGGUGCUUUUGGUGGAGACAAACAGUUGAAAGCUUUAAUCCAGUUGAUGGCAGCAGCAAAAGCAGGUCGUGACCUAUGCUACUUUACCUUUGAUGAUGAAGGAUUGAGGGACCAGAUCUACGCAAUCCAUAAAUAUCUUACAUCAGAUAACAUGCUGAGAAUAGGGGACAUUAUGGGAAUAUUAGGACAUUACAAAUCUGACGUUGUCACCCAUUCAGCUGGGAAACGCCUUAAAUGUGAACUUUUCGAAUACAUAAAAGUGAAAGGUAGUGCUUAUUGUAAAGGAAGUAGGAUAUCCAGAACUGUUUCUCAUGACCCAAGGCAUGUACAAAACGGAUAUGGGCAGAAUAGAUUCUACCUUACAUACCCUGGUCAUCCCAGCACGAGAACUCGUGCACACAGUGCACACAGUCACGGUCACCGUCAAAGUUCUAAGCAUUGGAAUAAGUUUUAAAAAUAUUUCACAAAAAAAACAACUUAAAUGGAAUGUGCUCUGACAUUAAACAGCAGUUGCCUAGCAACAAUAUUGAUUGGAUAUCAGCAGAUGUGUAAAUCACAGUUCUAGGCAAUGGAAUAAUUUUUAAAAAUAAUUCACGUAGUGAUAUAACUGCUAUGAAAAAUCUUAAUAGUAAAAAGACUUAAACCAAUGUGCUCUGACAGUACAAAGCAGUUGCCUAGCAACAAUAUAAAUUGGACAUUCAACAAAUGUGCGAAUCAUGUGACAGAUGAUGUGACAGAUACGUCUUCUCUAACAAAUUUAAAAGGAGAUAUUACUUCUGUUAAAGAAGACUAAAGCACUAUUGAAAAGCAACAAGACUGCUUUUAUUGCGUAUAUUUCCAUAAUAAAGAAAAGCAAGUCUUAAAAAGGCAUUUUUCAUGUUUUUAUGUCAUGUGACCUAUUCACUGUAAAUAUAUAUUCAGACUCCUUCUUGUUGUUAUAAAAGUCAAGACAGUGUUAUUAAAAGUCAUAUAGGUACAAAUGAAUUUGUAAUAGACAGUUCAAUUAUAUAUUGGGGUUAAAAGUAAAACAAGCCACUUUUAAUUAUCGAGAACCUUUCAGCUACAUUAUCCUUCCUUAGUUUUAAAAAUGGUAGAUCUAAUUCCUAAUUCAAUGUCAGAUUAUUUGUUGAUAAAUAAUUGAAGUGUUGUAUUAGGAAGCUUUGUAUAUAAGCAGGUUUUCAGAUAUUUUUUAGUAUUGAAUAAACUGUUAAGUUCCUAGGCUUCUUUCAUUUUGCCAAGAUCUUUUAUCUGAUCUUAAUGAUUGCUUUUCACUGAUAUCUAAAAGAUAUUGUGAUAUUUUUGUUUUGUUUGUUUAUUUUUUUUUUGUCUAAGGAAAGCCAUUGUGAUAGUGUUCUGUUGUUUAUUACUGUUGUAUUUUUAUCAUUUAUCAUUGUAUAAUGUCACAUGUUCUAUGUGUAAUAUAUGUUUAUUGAGUU